AUGGCAGAAAUGGGUCUCAGCAGAGCGCUCGGCUCACCCAACGGUGCCAUGCGAAGAGGAUGGAACGGCAUCACCAUCUCGCGGGACACGAUCCACAUUCCCGGCAUUGAGCUGGGGUUCAAGCGUCCCGUCCUUUUCGAGCGGCAUGCAGUCGGCGGUGAGUACGGCGCCGGCUGGAAGAAGGUUGGCAAAGGCCGCCUGCUCACGACUUUCUUUCCCGAGAACAUGGACGAGGGAAAGCCGACGAUUGUGGAUGGAAGGGAGCUCAAGGAUGAUCGAAGUGUGUGCGUGGUCUACGACAACCCAUUGGAUAAUGUCGAGGACCUCGCCCACGUCUUCUUCCAAAGAUGUUUGGAUGCAAAGGUAGUGCCUUACGUCGUCACCAAGAAGACCGUCUUCAAGUGGCAGGAAGGCUUUUGGCAGAUCAUGCGGGAAGUCUUCGAUUCCGAGUACAAGGCAGCCUUUCUGUCCGCCGGUCUCUUGGACAAGACAGGAGGAGAACUGCAGCACCUGAUUAGCGAUGCUGCAACAAUGCAGAUUAUUCGCUGGACCGACGGUGGGUUCGGCAUGGCCUGUCACAACUACGACGGCGACAUGCUCACAGACGAGGUGGCCCAGGUGCAUCGAAGCCCGGGCUUCAUCACCUCGAACCUCAUUGGAAAGCGAGAGGACGGAGCCUUGAUCAAGGAGUUCGAGGCCUCCCACGGAACGGUGGCGGACCUUUGGCACGCCCACUUGCGCGGUGAAGAGACAUCCAUGAAUCCACUGGGCAUGGUGGUCGCCCUGUUUGGGGCCAUGGACCAUGCUGCAGUCCUGGAGAACGACCCGAAGAUUCUCGAACUGACCCAAAGAUUUACAGGGUGUGCACGAGCAGCCGUCUAUGCCGCCUUCCGUGACGGGCGAG